UAUUUUAAUAUUUAUAUAAUAAUUACGUUUAAUAAACAAAUUAAUUAUUAAUAUAUGAUAUAAACUGUAAUAUCAUUGACCACCGGAAAAGUGUUGACCAAAACAACAACAAUAAUAAUAAUACCGACGCCGCACACAAAUCACUGGUCACUUGCCAUCCACUGACGGGUGGAGAGAGAGAGAGAGGAAACAAAUCAUUAGGACAUCACAUAUACAUACAGACACACGUUAUGCCCGAUCAAGUGGCCAGAAGGCGUGGCGGUGGUACUGCUGCCGAUAAUGACAAUACAACCGCCGCCACCGCCCGUGAGAAUGGCCAACAAGUGGUUGGCGCCGCCGUCGGCGAUGGCCAACAACAGCUGGAACAACAACAACCACCACCACAGCCACAAGGCUCCCGAUUCUGGUCAGUAGCCCAGGGACUGAUAUUUCGGGCGCUUAUCAUUUACUUCAUUACGUCGUUUUUUCGCGGAAAGUCAACACCACCGCAACAGACUCCCGGCGCCGACGGCGGACCGAACAUGAAGCCGGCCAUUGCAUCGUCCAAUCUGUUUCCGAACGGCACUGUUAUGGAUCUUUAUCUAUACAUUUGCGAGGAAGAGGUUAGACCUGACUUUGACGAUAGCCGACAGUUGGUUUGGAUGAAAAAGGGUCUCGUCUAUGGCGAUUGGACAUCGGGACCAACCGGUGACGGCAUCUAUACCAAUGAUGUUACCGUUUCACUGACACCGAGGGUCCAAAAUAAUGGUUCUCUAUGGCUACAUAUCUAUGUGACAAAGUCAGGCCAUACGCCCUAUCCAUCGAAACAGUAUUCAUCGUUUGCCAUCCAUAAGCGCCAACAGUUGAACAGAUAUAAGAAACGUUACUAUAAGAAAACGCAUAACCUAUUAACAGGGGAGACAUCGGCCACCCUAGAGGAGCAAACAAAAGUCGAGGCCAACAUCAAACAAGAGAUACUGUCCCACUGGCAUCCCAAUCUGACCAUCAACAUCAUCGAUGACCAUACACCGUGGGUCAGGGGUUCAGUACCCGUACCGUUGGACGAGUUUGUCGAAUUCGAGCCGACAACCGGUAAAUACUAUCCGAUAGUCUAUGUCAACGACUAUUGGAAUCUAAUGCGCGACUAUAUGCCCAUCAAUGAUACUGUCGACAAAAUCAACUUACAUCUAACAUAUCAGCCGUUAUCGAUGUUUCGCUGGCAACUGUACACUGCACAGGCCAUGCGUUCCCGUUGGACGUCGUUCAUGGGCUCCGACCUAAUGGAACAGGAAGAUGACGAACAGGAUCUACUAAAAGAGACAUUCCUGGAAACAUCGCCCAUACUGUUGGGCCUAACAGUGCUCGUAUCGAUUACGCACAGUGUGUUCGAGUUUUUGGCCUUCAAAAACGACAUACAGUUCUGGAAGAAUCGUCGUUCGCUGGAAGGUCUGUCCGUACGGUCGGUAUUCUUCAACGUAUUCCAAUCGGUAAUCGUCUUAUUGUAUGUAUUGGACAACGACACCAAUAUGAUCAUCCGAUUUAGUGUCGGCAUUGGCCUACUAAUUGAGUUGUGGAAGAUCAAGAAAGUCAUCAACAUUGAAGUAAACUUCCAGAACAAGUUAUUCGGUUUAGUUCCGCGCGUCUGGUUUACCGAUAAGGGCUCGUAUGUCGAGUCGUCCACUCGACAGUACGAUCUUCUGGCAUUCAAAUACCUUUCGUGGGCAUUAUUUCCACUAUUGGUCGGUUAUUCCGUGUAUUCCCUCCUAUACAAUGAACACAAGGGCUGGUAUUCAUUCACAUUGAACAUGAUUUACGGCUUUUUACUAACGUUUGGCUUUAUAAUGAUGACACCGCAACUGUUUAUCAAUUAUAAACUCAAGAGUGUGGCCCACUUGCCCUGGCGUAUGUUGACCUACAAGUUUCUCAAUACGUUCAUCGACGACAUAUUCGCUUUUGUUAUCAAAAUGCCGACAAUGUAUCGGUUGGGCUGUUUCCGUGACGACAUCAUAUUCCUGAUAUUUCUCUACCAACGUUGGAUCUAUCGGGUCGAUCACAGCCGUGUCAACGAGUUUGGCAUUAGCGGCGAUGAUAUUGCGGCCGCUGGCGGUACCGAUAACGUUGCCAUCGCUGCUGUUACCGAUGGUAGUGGUGGUGAAGUAGUAGAAGCCGAUAAUGAAGCCGCGGCUAACAGUAAUACAUUGACGACCACCAAAAAUGAUGAUAAAAAGAAGAAAAAUAAUUAAUUUUUAUUAAAAUAAUUAUUAUUUUGUAGUAGUUUAGUGAUUAUAUAAUAUAAUUA